CGGGCACCGGGACGGGCCGGUCCCUCCUGCGUGCAGGCAGGUGGCGGAGGGCGCCGAGGGGGUGGAGCCGCAGGCGCUGCGGGCGGGGGCAGGGCCGGGGUCCGGAGUGACGUGGACAGACUGGAAACCUGGUCUGCAGGCCACCGGAAAUGAAUGGAAGAGGAACAAAUAUGUAUAGAUCCCUGACAGUUGAAACUGCACCUUGUCAAACCAUGUGAAAUAAGAGCUUUUGGUUGACGGCAUUUAUUGAGGAAACCGGGAAAUAGUUAAAUGAAAAGUUUUGUUCUUGACAAACAAUAUAAGAAAUCGAGGAAUUGAGGUAAAUGUCAUCUGCUUGGAUUUUAAGAAAACCUUCGAUACGGUAUCUCAUCCUGUUCUCACAGAAACUGAGCGGCUGUGAUGUAGAUGAUUACACGGUCAGUGAAGAAAUCAUGAAGGUAAAGAUUUCCUCAUUCUGCCAUAUCUCCCAAGCCAAGUUUCUGCUGCUUGGCUUUAUCAUUUUCUUCCUAACUUUUCACAUUCCCAAGCUUGAAUCUGUUGAGUUUAGAGUCCUGGGACCUGAGCGCCCUGUCACUGCUACCGUUGGAAAAGAGACGGUGCUGCUGUGUCACCUGUCCCCCAUGGUGAGCGCUCAGAACAUGGAGGUGCGAUGGUUUCGAUCCGAGUUCUCUAACUACGUACAUCUGUAUCGUGCUGGGCAAGACCAGUAUUGGAAGCAGAUGCCAGAGUAUCAGGAAAGGACAGAGCUGUUGAAAGAUGGCCUCCCCGGUGGAAAUGUUGCCUUGAGAAUUCUCAACGUCACACUCUCUGAUAAAGGGCAGUAUCACCGUUUCCUCCAAAAUGGGAGCUUUUAUGAAGAAGCCAUAUUGGAAUUGAAGGUGACAGUCUCGGGCUCCAAUCCCCUCAUCUCUGUGGAGGAUUACCAGGAUGGAGGAAUCCGGGUGGUGUGCCAGUCGGCUGGGUGGUACCCAAAGCCGGAGGUGCUGUGGAGGGAUUUCAGAGGACAGCACUUUCCUCUGCUAACUGAGACGUAUUCCCAAAACAAAAAUGGCCUGUUUCAAGUAGAAACAUCUAUUAUUAUCCAGCAAAAUAUAAAGCAGAACUUAUCCUGCUGCAUCAAAAACACCCUUCUCCAUCAGGAAAAGGAAUCAAUAAUUCGUAUAUCAGAUUCAUUUUUCCCAAAGAUUUCUCCAGAGACCCUAGCUCUGAUUGGUGUAUUGAUGGUCUGUUUGGUUUUCCUCAUAGGCUUUACUGUCUUUAUCCUCAGAGAAAAUGGGAAGCAUGCUAAAGAACUUGGGAAAUAUGAUGCAGUAACUAGGGAACGUGAUGCAGAAAUCAAAAUGCAAGCAGCCGAACUUAGGUGGAGAAGAUUUGCAGUGCCUAUUGAAGAAGGGUAAAAACAAACUUGCCCAUCACAAUACUCAGGCAGGAGCACCACAGCCAAAAGGGGUUUUGUUACUUUUAUAAAGAAAAGUUCAGGACUCUGCAGAGUUGCUCAUCACUGCUCAUCACUUCCUCUUCCUGCUUCCAGAUGCCUCUGGGAUUUGUAGUUCAGCAACACAGCCUGCAACACCCUGCAGGGUUGCUCCCCUUCUGCUGUAUAUUAACAUUACAUGUCCUAGGCACACAAUACAUUACAUUAUACAGUGCAUACACUACAGUAUGAACUUGCAUUACCUGGAUAGAUCACAGCUCUUCUCCGCUGAAAGAAAGAGAAAUCGGGGUGAGAACGUAUCUGAGCAAAUGCAGCUGUAAAGGAUUACUGGAUGAGGAGCAUCUGCCUCAAGCAAAAGCCAGGGAAGACCAGAGUGAUGCUGGAAACAAACGGGGCAACAUGUGGAAGGACUCGCUGGGACACUGUCCUUUCAUAACAUUAAAUCCAUACAGACCUCAUCCAUUAAAGUCAUGUCAAGUCAUUAAACAUAGGCGGAGGGAGAAAAAUUUAUUUGCAGGGGGCUGAGUGUGCAUGCGUACCCUCACCCUGCCCACCCCCAGAAAGUUUGCAGGUGAGGGGCCGGGGGACAGGAAGGGCUGCUGGGGGGAGUGCAUUCCCCUGCUUGCUGCCCUGCGCCGCGCCCCUGGAGGAGCAGCUGGGAUCUGACUGCCCCAUGCUCCAGCCUGGCUGGGGCCCCGUUCACGCUGUAAAAUAUUGUUUCACAACUAACUGCCAUUAUAAACUAGAUACAGGGUUUAUCCUCAGUCAUUCCUUCCAGGAUUAAACAGUCCUUUUUUCCUUCCAAACUGAUAUAUGAGAUUUCCUCUUGCAGUGAUCCCUGGCUGGAAAGUGAAGGGAUCGCAUACAGGAAGUUGGAGCAAUUUCAAAUCCAAUCAAGUGGGAAUAGAGUCCGCUCUUAAAGAAACAGCCACACUUCCAAUAAAAUGCAAGUAGAGGCACCUAGGAACAUAGGCCUAGAAGGGCCUCAAAGGCGAUGCAGUUUAGUUCACUCUUGUAUUGAAAAGUUGCUCUUAACUGUUUUCACACUGACCUGAAACAGACCUCCUUCUUCUUGCUGCCUUCCUAGAGGUAGAAAGUGAGGAUACCUGUAGCAAAGUAUGAGAGACAGUCCCUGAGGACAUCUCCUUUAGAUAUUGCGAUUGUACUUCAUUGUGCUGGAGUACAGCUGGGAGGGACCGCCAGAGGUCAUCUAGUGCCAUCUCCUGCCUGAGUCAGGUUUGCCUCUAUCCAGACAGCCCAGCCCAGCCCAGCCCAGUUCUUCUCUGCUCUCCUGUCAGGCAAGUGUCAGACUGACACAAAUGCUUCACCAGGUGAAGGACACCCAGGGAUCUGCUGAACAUAAGACUCAUAAAAGCUUUUGUGCUGUAGUUCAGCACUGGCUGGAAAAGUUCUUGUUUGCCAAAUCCCACCACGGACACAACGUCCAUUACUGCCAAUAAAGCCUCCUCUCCACUCACAGUGCUGGGCUGUCUGUUCCUUAGUGUUUGUUGUGCCUUCACAUUUUCUUGCUCUUUCUGUUUUCCUCACUAUUCACUCUUCCCACACUGAAGUUGACAGCUAGCCUAUGCAUCCAUUCUGCCUGCAGAGUGGGGAUUUGGUGACAGAUAGUAAGGGGCUCAGCGGCAGCGUGCCCUCUACGCUGCGGGGCCCUUACUAUGCAGGGGCCAGGGGCAUAUUGCACCAAUUUCACCCCGCUCUGGGUAGCCUUGCCUAGGAACAUAGGUCUGGAAGGGCCUCUAAGGCCAUCCAGUUCAGUCCUCUGCAUUUCCAGGCACCCCUUUCCCAAAUAUUUCCUAACAAUGACCCACUGCAAACUUUCAUAUAGAACAACUACAACAACCUGACUAAAGAUCAACCCCCCAGAAAAUGUCACACGUAAAAGAAGGGGACAUGCAGGCACUGAGACUGCAAGGAGAGAGAAAUUAUUGAAUAUAUGCUCAGAGGAUCCAAGGAAGAGGAAUAUACCUCGUGCUGUUGGUGCAAGUCUGAUAUAAGUGAAAAAUCUUGAUCCCUGAUUUCACAAUUGGCUUGACAUUGAGCAGAAGAGCAGAGUAGCCUUAUGAUGAACAAUUGAGGUGUCUGCAUAUGAGCAUGAGGAUCAGCCCAUCCCGCGCACUGCCCCCAGUUGUAGGUGUGGCACUGUCCAAAGCAAAUUAGGGCCAAAGCCCAGGAGCUGGAUGACAGUUUUCCUUCCACUCUUCUACUGAAAAGUAGUUCUUAACUUUUUCAUGCUGACCUGAAACAUCCCUCCUUCUCCUUCUUGCUGCCUUCGUAGAGGUAGCAAGCGAGGAUACCUGUAGCAAAGUCUGAAUGGCAGUCCCUGAGGGCAUCUCCUUUAGGAUUGGGAGAUAAGAAUCCUUCAAAGAAGCCAUCACAGCCUGGUUGUACUGGCAGCACUGGGGAUUGUAGACUGUUUUGCACAUGCUCCAUUUUAGAUGGAGGCAAGAGCAAUGCUGAGAAGUCUGUUCUCCUUGCUGUUGGAGAGGAGACUGGUUAAAUACAAAGGACAUUUAAUUUCAUUGUCAAACUGGAAUAACUUCACCAAACAGCUGAGUCACUAGUAACUGUUUGAUUGAUGAAGUUCAUUUAUGUAUUAUUGCAGGGUCCAAAGGUUGAAGCCCAGCCCAGCCCAGCCCAGCCCAGCCCAGGUCUUCUGUGCUCUCCUCUCUGGCAAGAGUCAGAUUGACAUAUAGAAAUGUUUACAUGUUUAAACAAAUGCUUCAGCAGGUCAAGGACACCCAGGGAUCUGCUGAACAUAAGACUCAUAACAGCUUUUGUGCUGUAGUUCACCACCGGCUGGAAAAGUUCUUACUUGCAAAAUCCCACCACAGAUACAAUGUCCAUUACUGCCAAUAAAGCCUCCUCUCCGCUCACAGUGCUGAGCUGUCCAUACCUUAGCGUUCCUUGUGCCUUCGCAUUUUCUUGCUCUUUCUGCUUUUCCUUGCUGUUCACCCUUCCCAUUUGGAGGGUGAUAGCUAGGCCAUGCAUUUAUUCUGGCUGCAGAGUGGGUAGUGGGUGACAGAUGGGAAGGGGCUCAGAGAGUCUGAGCAAUGACUACUUGGGAUGAAAGAAAGAUGAGCAAGAUUGUUAACACAAUGGAAGCUGCUAUAAAUGAGGCCAUUUUUAUGCUCUCAGCUUUAAUUGGAAAGGAGGUGUCUCCCAUUUACUCAUUGUGUGAUUAAAUAUAUUAUUGGGGAGGUACCCCAUAAAUGUGUAAUUCUGCUGCAAGUAAGCAUCACCUAGCACUUCUGUUGGUUGACUACCUGGUUGCACUAGGGAAGGUGAUUUUCUCUAGGAAUAAUAGAGCAACACUAAACUGUGUAAUGUAGUUUUUAAAAUUAUGACUUGCUCUUCAAACAUCAAGGAAAAUUCAGAGAAAGUUCUAUCAAAAUUCCAUAAUCCUCAGUAAUUUCUCCAUCUAAUUUUUAGUCUUUUCCAGGGCUGCCCAUAGCAAGGUUCUCAAUGGAAAAAUUGGCCUCAUUGGUACAGAGCAGGUUUCCCUCCCAGCCCCACUGAGUUGGAGUCUCUUCAUGUCUGGCUGUUGUCACUGAAGUGUUUCACUUACAGUUGGUGGACAACAUGGAAGCUUUUUUUUUCCCCCACAAAAAUUCUCUUUCUUAGAAGAAGCUUUGAAAAUGCAAAUGCUUUGACCAUCUUUAAUCUAAAAGUAUAUGAGGGAGAAUUAUUUCUGCAGAGUUCAGGGACAGCCAGAAAAGCAUGUGCCCUUUUCCCCUCCUCGAACAGGCUCUAGUCCCUUUCCUUGACCAGAAGAGGCCUCAAGCUGCCCAAAGUCACUCUCCAUUGGACAAACUUCAGGUGAAGCAUCACUGCCCUAUUGCCAGGAAGCAGCUUCCUCAUGGGCUUCCUUCAAACACACAUGACAGUGGCAUCAGGAGCUGCUGUAAGGACUGAGGCAGGAUACUAGCUGCACAAUUUUCCUGGUUUUUCUACAUAUGAAUACUAGGAUUUUAAUUAUCAGCAAGUGCAAGAUCCCAUGAUUAUGCCCUGCCGACUUUCUUUCUGACAG